GCAGAACGCAGCACCAGAAAGGCAAAACAUUGCGUAGAAACUGUGUGUAGUGGUAGUGUUUUGUUGGCAGCCAGCUUUCUUCGCCCAACUGUUUCAACCCCGUAUUUCAUUUCCACGACGAAGAAAGGUGGUUCCUGUGGCUCUGUGUGUUGGUGUGUGGCCAUGCAGUUGCACAUCGUGAAUUUGCCGAGGUAGGAGGGUGGGGCAGUGUGUGCUCCCCACAGCAGCCGGCAUUAGGAUUGGGAAGGAAGGAAGGAAAAGGAGAUGAAAAUACGUUUUCCUCUCAAAAACGAUCCCGCAAAAAACUCAUCCAAAGGCAAUGCUGUAGCUGUGGCCAUCAUCUGACCCGGCAGCCACAUCCAAAUCGUCCAUCGUAAUCAUCAUCACUGUGGUUACAAUCUAGUGUGCGUGUGUGUGUGCUCUGUUUCUCUGUGUGUUAAGUGCACGCAUUCGGUGCUAAAACUUUCACCGCAUCCGCAUUCUACCGUGGGGGUGGUUUACGACGGUGUGAGUGGCCGUGGUGUGACCGAAAGAGUUUGGUUCAUUUGAGCCGUAUGAUCUGUGCUUCUUGUGUGUUGGGGCUGCCUGUGCGUGUGUUAAGCAUCAUUUGCAUCUUAAGGUGUAGUGCAUGCAAUUAUUGUCGGUCGGUUAAAAUUGCAAGUGUGUGGAUGCCGUGUUUGUGAGAGCCAGCAUUAGAUAAUAUGAGGAUAGUACGACGAUACUAGGGUUUUUUCCGUGUGUCUGUGUGUGUGUAGUUCCCAGCCGGGAAUGGGUUGUGGAAAAGGUCCACGUGUUGACGCUUCAUGCUCAAACCAGCCCAAUCACGCCAAACUAUGUGGAAUUUGUGCUGCAGCUGAUUCGGAACUUUGGUUCAACAUUUUCUACACCUAAAACGCACACCCCUAUACGCCCAGCGAGAGAAAGUUGAUCCCAUCCCCUCCCCAUCACACACACACAAACAUACGGUGCACAGCUGACAGAAAGGCAACCUGAAACGCCACAGAAACGUAGAAGGGAAGCAGCAAAAACAAAACAAAAACAAACUUUGCUGCUGCUGCUGCUGCUACUUCAUCGCACAUCAUCAUCAUCAUCGUCGUCGUCAUCAGCAUAAUCAUCAUCGCCGUUUUAUUUCGCCGCGAGAUACAUUUUCGAGUAAACAAUAUGCAACAACGGCGGCUGUGAUUGUGCGUUGCUGUUCGUCUGCGACUAUCUGUGUGUGUGUGCUGCCGAUUUGGGAAGGAAUCAACCUGGCCAGUGCCUGACCGACGACCCCCUGCCAGCCGGUCCUUGUGGGUUUAGUGCGCAACACCGUUUUGUUUUGCUCGAUUUCGGGAUUCUUCUACUGUUGCCGCUGCUGCUAUCCGUGAAACGCGAAAGAUGAACGGUAACGGAUCGUGCACGACGCCGGAGGAGUCGGCGGAAACGCGCGAAGCACUGCAUGAAUGUGAGCGUACUUACGACCCCGGUGCGGUGUUCCUCCCUGAGCUUGACUCGAAUUAAUAAGACUGUUUGACUGCCGAAGCACAGAACCCCCAGCAAGGCAUAAGGGGCCGUUUUCAGUGUGUGUGUGUGUGUUUGUUAGUGGUUCUUUGUUUGCAAUUCUAUUUGCAAACCGUGCGGCCAAUGUGCGGCGUGUUUCAAUCGGCAUUCAGAGUCCGGUGAUUACCCCGCCGUGUUGUUGAUCCCCGAGCUCCGUUAUUAUGCUCCAAACCAAAGACCACAGUGUGUAUAUGUGUGUGCGUGCGAAUGGGCACCCGUUUUUUUCUAAUGGCCGAUAUGAAGUGUGAGUGAGUGUACGCGGUGCGAAAUCAUCAACUGUGUAUCAAAGCAAAAGAAUAGCGCUUUCGGUGGUAACUUGGUGAAGCGUUCCACAAGCGCUCCGUAUCUGCAGUAACGCUUCGACGGCCCACAGUAUGGCCUACCUUUCCGAUGUAGAUCUUGCAACGCUACACCAGUCACGCCUCGAGGAGCGCGUACAGUAUCGGCUGUCGGCGCUGUGGACGCACGGAGCGGAAUCGGGCCGGGAUUAUCAGCGAUCGUUACCAGCAGUGUCAUCAUCCGCGUCAUCGUCGAGCACGUCAUUAACAAUGUUUGGUGAUCGUGAAGCGGCAAAGCUUAGGGCCGUUAAGGUCCCAACCACGACCACUACAGGCAGCAGCAGUAGCAACGGCACUGUGAACGGUGCGAAGCACCCGAGUGCUAGUGAUAUAGUGAACAAUAACGUGGCGGAGCGGUGUCUACUAGAACCGAUCGGACCUACCUUGGGCAGAUCGGUCCCCAAGGCUUCGAUGGAACGACCGUACCAUCAGCAGCAGCAGCUGCAGCAGCAAUACAACUUUAGCGGUCAUGUGAUACGUCCUAGGAUUAGAAGUAGUAACAGCAUGUCCAGCAGCAGCUCGACUGCAUCCAACUAUCAUCAUCAUCACCAGCAGCCGCAUCAUCACGCAAGCAGUAGCGGAGGAGGCAAACACGUGGAAUGGAGCGAUGACGACCAUCUGCACGACGACGGCUACUUCUCGUCCGACACACGCCGAAGAAGGUCCGGCACAUGGCCGCGCACGCGAAGUUUGAAUGCACCGUCCCCGUUUCAACAAUUUGGACCAUGCGGUCGGAUCAUGAAAAACUCGGCGAUGGUGAUGCAAAUACAGGACCCAGCGAGCCAGCGGUUAACGUGGUACAAGCCGCCGCUCGCCGUGCUGGUGAUUAAGAAGGUGCGCGACUCGAAGGUGCUGCAGCCGUUCGUGCAGCUGGUCGAGUGGCUGAUUCACGAGAAGCACAUGGUCGUGUGGGUGGAGGCGGCCAUCCUCGACGAUGCGCUGCUGACGGGCGACAAGCGCUUCACGAAGCUGCAGGACAAGCUGAUCACGUUCAAGGACGGGCGGGACGAUCUGACCGACAAGAUCGAUUUCAUCAUCUGUCUCGGCGGCGACGGGACGCUGCUGUACGCGUCGCUGCUGUUCCAGAAGUCCGUCCCGCCGGUCAUGGCAUUCCAUCUCGGGUCGCUCGGCUUCCUCACCCCGUUCCAGUUCGACAACUUCCAGGAGCAGGUGACGAACGUGCUGGAGGGGCACGCGGCCCUCACGCUGCGCAGCCGGCUGCGGUGUAUCAUCGUGCGCAAGGACAAGACGGAGCAGGAAAUCUCCACCUUUAAAUCGUCUCAGGAUCCGUCGACGAACAUACUGGUGUUAAAUGAAGUGGUCAUAGAUCGGGGCCUGUCGUCUUAUUUGAGCAACAUCGACCUGUUUCUGGACGGCAAGCACAUCACCUCGGUGCAGGGCGACGGGCUGAUCGUGUCGACGCCGACCGGCAGUACGGCCUAUUCCGCUGCCGCCGGUGCCUCGAUGAUACAUCCGUCAGUGCCCGCCAUACUGGUGACGCCGAUCUGUCCGCAUUCGCUCAGCUUCCGGCCCAUCGUACUGCCAGCGGGUGUGGAGCUAAAGAUUGCAAUCUCACCGGACAGCAGAAACAGCUCUUGGGUGUCGUUUGAUGGUCGAAAUCGUCAGGAGCUACUGCACGGUGACAGCCUUCACGUCACCACCUCGAUCUACCCGGUGCCAAGCAUAUGCGCUCAGGAUCAGAUUGCCGAUUGGUUCGACUCGCUCGCCGAAUGUCUGCACUGGAACGUGCGCAAGCGGCAGAAGUGUCUGGACGAGCUGUCCGACCUGACCGGUUCCGGCACGGAAGACAGCGCCAUCGACGACAUCGUGCGCGGUAUCGAGAACCUCGAAAACUAAAGCAUUGUCCGUGGAAACGGUCUAAAGCAGCGGGCGAACAAAAGCGCAGCUGUUUAGGGGGGAGACAACUCCGUACUCUGCGACUAACCAAUUUGUCGGACGGAAUGAAGAAAGGCGUACAAAGUGAUCCGAACAUAAUAAGCAAUCGAAAGUAGCGAACCAGGCAGCCAGGUAUGUGUGUGUGUGUGUUUGUAGCUCCUUCAUGUAUUAAGGAGGGCAGGUAGCAAGGAAACAGGAACGUCAUCGCAGAUCUCAUGCAGUGAUGUAGAAAUGCGUGUGGUAGUAGGGGUCGACUAUUGUUUGUUUUUAUGUUGAUUUUUCGUAUGGACAGCUUUGAGGACUUCAAAGCUGUAUGUUAGUGAGUAUGCAAUAACAUAACAAGUGUGUGUGUGCUUGUGGUUUUAGUGAAGGAGAUUGAAUCUUUCGCAAUAGACAGCGCCGUAAUGUUGUUGUAAGGUGUGUCUACAUGUGUAAAUGUUGGCUUGUCUGCAGAAUUGAUUAGAUUUUUUUCUUUUUUUAUUUAACAAAGGUUUGUGUUUCACACCGUUGCGUGUUCACUGUUUGGGAAAAGCGAGGGAUAUUCGUAGUGUUGGCCAGAGGGAAAAUGGCGCUCUAGAUGGUGCGGAAAGCGUAGCCUCCAGUUUGUUUAGUGUCGGUGUUUUUUUUUGUUCUGUUAAGUUUUGUGAUGCUCUCAAGGAGAGCGCAACCGAAGGCAACAUGCUUCAACAAUAGUGUUUAAGAGGGAAGUUAUUUGAAGUAAAGCAGCGCUGUGUUUUUAAAAAAACCACAUGCAAAUCAAUAGCAAAUGGAAAAUUUAAUCAAAAUCAGAAGAAAAUCGUCCUUGAAACCAGCUCAAUCCGUCAAUCGCUGUCCGCUCUGUCUGUUGCAAAGGCACAAAUAGGAAGCAGUUACCGUUGUUCACACAACAGACGGAGCGGACAGAGAGGAUAUACAAGCAAAAUAAGGCCGGGAAGGUAUAGUGAUGCUGGUUAAAGGAGAAAAAAGAAGAAGAAAAAAACAAUGUUUUGUAGUGAUAAACCAAAUUUUAAUGAAACUGCAACAGGCUUCAGUUCUCGUUUUGUUUGACCGUACUUUCGUUUCCAGCGUAGGAGGACCGGAAUGGGAUAGACGUAGAUAUUAUUAUGGAUGGCAGUGUUUCGUGAUUAAUGGCAAAUAGAACAGGGGAGGGGGCAUGGUAAUAAAUAGCAAAAAAAUAGGGAACUAAACUACCAGACAAGUGGGCAAAGUGUGUGUGUGUGUGUAUGUGUGCUGUAUACAACAGUGUAACAUUGCCGAGGUUCGCAGCAAGCAAGCAAAUGUAAGAUUCGAUCAAGGAGCGCUACUGGAUAGUGGGAAGGGAGGGGGGGGGAUUAAGCGUGGAAUAAAAUUCGUGCUGAUCCCUAGAGGAAAUUUAUAUAAAACCGUGUGGAUGUAGAGAAAAAAAGACAAAAAAAGUGAACAGAAGGAAAAAUAUAUAAGUAUACUAUUUAAUAAACGCGAAUAUAAGGUGUA